AUGGCUUCCAACAGCAUAAACACCGUUUAUGUUGUCACUGGAGGCAACAGAGGCAUUGGCCUUGGUCUUGUCAAAGCUCUUGUCGCUCGUGCCCAUUCCACUGUUUUUGCAACUGUCCGUAACGACAAGUCACAGUCGUCUCUCGAAGCUGCUCUUGAAGACGUUCCAAGAGGUAAUAAUAGCACCAUCUCCAUUGUCCAGUUGGACUUCUCCAAUGCCCUCUCCCCUGAGCACAUCAGGGCUGCCCUCGACGUUGAUCGUGUCGACGUACUGAUCAACAACGCUGCCAUCAGCCCUCCAAGCUAUCCGGCACUCGAGAUACCCAUCAGUGAUCUUCGAUCGUCGUUUGAGAUCAACACCAUCGGUCCCCUUACCGUCACUCAGGGCCUUUGGCCAUACCUGAAGAGGUCUUCUGCCCCUAAAGUUGUCAAUGUCUCUUCGUCAGUUGGGUGUAUUACCUUCCAAGAGGUUGUCGCUGGCGCAUAUGGGCCCAGCAAAGCCGCUCUGAACUGGCUUACUCAGGCUUUACAUUUGCAAAAUGAGGGUUUGGUUUCGUUUGCGCUUCAUCCAGGCUUUGUAAGCACUGAGAUGGGCGAUUCGGCUGCGACGGAGUGGGGGUUCCCUUUAUCCAUGCUCGAGAGCGUUGAGAGCUCUGUCGAGGGCAUGCUCAAGAUAAUUGAUGGUGCUACUCGAGAGAAGACUUCGGGCAAGUUCAUCACGAACAAAGGUCAAGAGCUUGCUUGGUAA